UUCACUAGCGGGAAUAGUCAAGAUAUUGUUCAAGAGAGGAAUAAAUGGCGCAAACAGAUCAAGGAGAAUCUCAUGGCUGCUGCAGCAAACGGAAAAGAUUUAGAAGAGACAGCAAGCGACGAACUGAGGCAAAACUACAGGUUGCCGAUCAAUAUUGUUUUGUGGCUCAUAACCGGAAGCAUAAUCAGCAUCAGCAAGAAGCAAAAGUCACCACAACAGACGAGCUAAAUAAGGCAGAGAUAAAUCAGAAACUUAAUCCUUUUGGUGCAAAUAGUAACCGGUCCAGUCGAUAUGGUUCUGAAAUAGAGAAAAAUCAUACUACUGAUGCAAAUUUGAGUUCUGUCCAUUGCUCGCUGUCCAGUAGACAACGAGGCACCCCGACAUUUAGAGCAUCACUUAACCUUUCCCGUGCUCACAGCAGAUCUCCUUCUGGGUCCAGGUCUCGAUCCCCACAUGAUUGGGCACCUAGGAACAGAGGCAAGAUCAUGGCAAAUGGAGGUUCAACUUUAUGGAAGCAUAGUAGAUCUCCACCUAAUCACAUGACUAAAGGUGAAAUUGGUAGAAUGGCUUCACCUCGGAGACAACCUGGUCCUGGAUAUGAUGAUCGAGCUAUGUGUUCCAGUCCACUAUCAAGAAACAACACUUACUCCAAGAAUGCUUCGACAUGGGUUGAUGGAAGGAAUGGUUCAGCAGUGGAUAUUUCUGAUGAUCAUAAUAAAAGGUAUUCAAGGAGAAGCUCACCUCUGAGAAUUACCUCACGGAAUGACAGAUUUGAUGUCAUGGACUCCCAAGGACGACCAAGGUCUGGAGAAUUCUACCGUCUGACACAAGGAAGACUUCUUUAUGGUUACGAUAGGGAAAAUAAGCAUGGCAGAAAUGGUGAAGAUGGAAGGGAAUGCACUGAUAGAUAUGCGAAUAAUUCUGUCAAGCGAUAUGACCGGAGUGGUGCAGAAAGCAAUUUAGAAAUAAUACUGGUGAUAAAUUUCGGACUCGUAUUUCUGCUCCCAGAUCGCCAGAUCUCCAAAGGGGGUGAGUCCUCGGAGAUUUGACAGAAGCUUUGAGAGGUAGCUGACUAGCUGGCUGUGAAUUUGCCUUAUAGAACUAAAAUGGAAAAU